UGUUUUAUUCAUUUUCAGUUCUAAUUCUCUCUCUCUCUCUCUCUCUCUCUCUCUCAAGCAAGAAGAUAAACCUAACCAAUUAACCUCAAGCUUCACAACAUUAUCAUCACCACCAAAAGAAGGAAAACUAUGGGGAGAGCUCCUUGCUGUGAUAAAGCCAACGUCAAGAAAGGGCCAUGGUCACCUGAAGAAGAUGCCAAGCUCAAGUCAUACAUAGAGCAAAACGGCACCGGCGGCAACUGGAUUGCUUUGCCGCAGAAGAUUGGCCUUAAACGAUGUGGAAAAAGUUGCCGGCUUAGAUGGCUGAACUAUCUCCGCCCAAACAUCAAGCAUGGAGGAUUCUCCGAGGAAGAAGAUAAGAUAAUUUGCAGCCUUUAUGUAAGUAUUGGAAGCAGGUGGUCAAUAAUAGCAGCGCAGUUGCCUGGAAGAACUGAUAACGAUAUUAAGAACUACUGGAACACAAGGCUGAAGAAGAAGCUCCUCGGCAAACAGCGAAAGGGGCAGCAAACUAGAGGCAGCGCCGUAAAACAAAGGAUGAUGAUCAGGGCACAAUCUAGUAGUGAAACCUCAUCAGUGGUUUCAAAUGGUACAAACGGCCAAACCCCAUAUUGGCCGGAGCUUCCUGUGUUGGCACCAAUCCCGUACUCCAGCCAGGAUCUUCACUCCAACGAUCAUGCUUCCAUCAGGAAAUUGCUGAUCAAGCUUGGGGGAAAAUUCUCUGAUGAUGAUCAUCAUCAUCCAAUUCAAGAGGGAGGCAUGAAUCCACAGUUAAUUCAGCCUAAUUAUGAACCCUCUAUUGAGGCCCUCUCUUCUGUUUCCCAGGACACAUUAAUGGCAUCAAGUGAUUCUCAAUUUGUGGAUACCCAGCAAAAUAUGGACUGCUUAGGAAUGGGUAUGUUGGCCGGGCAAAGCAACUUUCAGGCCGAGUUUGAGGAAAUGGCUAUAUAUAGUAAUCUGCACGGUCGACUGGAUGGUUUGGAGUUCUUAUAUGGAGACAUGAGCAAUAAUGGAAACCAGCAGGCAAUUUCUUGGGGAAGCAUGGCGGCGUCUUCCGGUUAUCCUUCCGCCAUUUCCAACUAUGAAAGUCUUCUUCUUCAACAAGGGAAAGAAUUUGGUUUGGAUGAGCUGAGAUUUGUGUAAAUUUCUAGCAAUUAACGGGGAGGUGGUUUCAUGAAUUAAUUCUGAUGAGGAGAAUAAACCCUACUGUAUGUGUCCAUUAAUUCUGUGAUAUGUUUAUUUUGCUACAUGUGUGAUUCUCUCAUGCUUGUUUUGUGUAUGGAGGAUUGUAAUUUAAUUAUUCCGAGUAGUACUUGGUCUAAUGGGUAAUUAAUUCAGUUUUAUUGUAAUCUGUUGUUCUGAACAUAUAAUGCAUGGAACAAUUACCGAAC